UUGUAUUUAUGUUUUAGCAAGGACGUUCCUUUAUCCUUAUCACUUGCGACGUGUUAACGGUUUUCUUCCAUUUCUUUUUGUCGUCGCUUCAUUUAUACUUUAUUUCUUAUAUAAUUAGAUUAAUUUGCAAUACUUUUGAAUCAUAAUUUGGCUGAAUAAAACAAAAAUGAUUCAUUUUAUUAAACUGGGCACAUUAUUUGCCUGUGUCGUCUUGGUAUUGUCAACUUACGACUCUGAAAUCACCGAGGCGGUCGCCAAAGCAGAAAUUCAGAGUUGCAGUGGUUGUUCUCUUCGGAAUCUUCCUGAUGUCAAAAGUUUCAUUUUUGAUGAUGUCCCAUUGUAUGAAAGAGUGGUGUUUAAAAAUACGCCAAGGGCUCCACCAGAACUGGUCCUUUUUACUGAGGAAUACAAGGAGUUGAAAAGGAUUCCUCUCCGGGAGCUCACUAGGACACAGUGCAAUGAGUUAUUACAAGACUGGGGAUUUACUAAAAAGCUGAAAAAUGAAUUGUGAACAUAUUUCUUGUAAAUAUAACGACAUUUUUGAUUAUUGACCUAUCUCAAUCUCCAUUAAUUUGAAAUUUAGUUAUAUUUGGGUGUUUCUGAUUGAAAUAGAAAAUUUCACAUUCUGUAUAACGAUUUAGACUUAUUUUAAUUAAAUUUUGUAAAAUAACUUAGAUAUUUAUAUACAUUUAUUUUUGUACUGAGUUUUCUAAAGUCAUAAACUUAGGUCAAGAUUUGUUUUUGAACGAAUAUUGUAGAGAAUCAAUGCAGUCAUUCCUUGGUUACCAGGUAGCUUGUUUACCCCAUCAACUUGAAAAUUGAGUAAGAAAAUUAUACAUGUUUUUUAAUUAUUUAAUUAUUAGUUUAUAUUAUUAACUUGUGAUGGAUUAUUUAUACUUUUAAACAUAAGCAUGUUUGUAAUUUGAAUAAUAGAAGGUUUUGCCAACAGUUUGCUAAUUUGUACUAAUUUUACAAGAAUAUUUUGUGUAUUUAAAAGUGGAUUGGGCUAAAUUAUUAUAAUAAGAUAGGUCGUGUGAACUUUCAAAAGUACAUAAUUAUAAAUUAUAAGCUCUUCAACUACAGCAGUAAUAAACGAUUUUAAAAUAA